AUAUAUUAAAUAAUUUCUUUUUCUUUAUUACUGUAAUUUAUUUUUAUAAUAAUUUUUAAUAUUAUUUAUAUUAAAUUAUUUAUAUUUUUGAUAAUAUUCUAGUAAAAUAAACUUUCAAUAUAUUUUUCAUUAUUCAAUAUUAUUCAAGAUUUUAAAUAUAAAUAAAAAUAUUUUGUUUUUUUAAUAUAUUGACAUUUUUAAAAAUUGUAUAAUAAAUUUUUAAACAUAAAUUUUAUGAUUUUAUUUCUAGGUUCAAAAAAAAAUCACCAAUGAAAAGAAAAAUAUAUGCGUGAUAUCUAAAUAGAGUUUCUUUCUUAUUCCAUUUUUCUUCCGCCAUAUGUCUCCACAAUUUAUUCCCGCCAAAUUUCUCAUUUUACUAAAUGCCAACAAGUGGUGAGACCACUGUUGAGUGACAGUGACUAUUGAUUCGGUUUACUUAUACUCUUGUUGAUGUUAAUGAAAUAAAUUAUAAUUUUAAUUGUAUAUUCGUAGAUCGAUGCGUCAAAUAUAAGAUCACAAAUUUUUUGAGUUCUUUUGAAUAAGUAAAUAUAUCAAAAUGUACGUUAAAGUAAGAACAAUGGAUGGUAAACAGGAGGCGAUAUUGACUAUCUCCAAAUUGACGGAAGUAGAAGAUUUUAAGCAUGAAAUUGAAAAAGAAUUACAUAUAAAAGCAGAUUUACAACGAUUAUUUUUUCGUGGAAAACAAUUGGAAAAUGGUUACAAAUUAUAUGAUUAUAAUGUUAAUUUGAAUGAUGUAAUUCAGUUAAUGGUGAAAGUACAAAUUAAUGAUAUAGAAAAUAAAGCUACCUCAAGUAAUAGUGUUAAUACAUCUAAUUCUAAUUAUGAAAAAGAAAUUAUAGAUAAUUCUAAUAAAGAAGAAGAAUUGGUUGAAGCUGAAAGUUUAUAUUAUAAAAUUGGAGAUGCAGUAGAUUGUCUUGAUCAAACUUAUGGAGCUUGGUUUGAGGCAAUAAUAUUAAAAAUCUUUAAAAAAGAAGAUAAAGUCAUUUAUAAUCUACAAUGGGAAUUUGAUGAAAAAGCUCCACCUUUUAAUGUACCUGAAUCUUCAGUAAGACCACGUGCAAAGCAUCUUUUACAAUUUAAUAGCUUAAAAAUAGGGCAAAAUGUAAUGAUUAAUCAUAAUGUUGAUGAUCCUAAAGAGACUGGAUUAUGGUAUGAUUUUACAGUUUUGAAAAUAGAUAAAAAGAGAAGAGUACAGGAACUUAUUGGGACAUUACAUAUUGGAAGGGAUCAGUUGCUUGAAAAUCAUAAAGUGAAUCCUAGAGGAGAGAUUUUUGCCAUAGAAGAACCAAAACUUCUCAAAGACAGAACUCCUGAAGAUGAACAACAUAUGAUUAGUAAUGGUAAACGAAGACGUGUUCAAGCUAUUUGUAAUGCAUGUUUAGACAAUCCUCGUAAAAAGUGCAGAGAAUGUGGUUGCAGAGUUUGUGCUGGAAAAGAAGAUGAACAUAAUCUUCUUUUAUGUGAUGAAUGUAACUCUGCAUAUCAUUUAAGAUGCUUAAAUCCUCCAUUAUCUUCUAUACCUGAAGAAGAUUAUUGGUAUUGUCCAGAAUGUAAAAAUGAUGAAAAUGAAAUUGUGAAGGCAGGUGAUAAACUCAAACAAACGAAAAGGAAAACCAAUGAAAACAGUAAUAGUAAGAGAGAUUGGGGUAAAGGAAUGGCUUGUGUAGGAAGAACAAAAGAAUGUAGUAUAGUUCCACCUAAUCAUCGUGGACCUAUUCCAGGAGUAGAAGUUGGAAUGUGUUGGAUGUAUAGAGUACAAGUAUCUGAAGUUGGAGUUCAUAGACCACAUAUAGCUGGAAUUCAUGGAAGAGAAACAGAUUGUGCAUAUUCUAUUGUAUUAUCUGGAGGAUAUGAAGAUGAUAUUGAUAAUGGCGAUGAAUUUAUUUAUACUGGUUCUGGAGGGAGAGAUCUAUCAGGAAAUAAAAGAACAGCAGAACAAAGUUGUGACCAAACAUUAACUAGAAUGAAUAAAGCAUUAGCUGUAAAUUGCAAUGCAAAACUUAAUGCAACAGUUGGUGCUACAGCUGAAGAUUGGAGAGGUGGUAUACCUGUAAGAGUUGUGAGAAACUUUAAACUUGCUAAGCAUAGCAAAUAUGCACCAGAAGAAGGCAAUAGGUAUGAUGGUAUAUACAAGGUAGUAAAAUAUUACCCUGAUACAGGUAAAAGUGGUUUUCGUGUAUGGAGAUAUUUAUUAAGAAGAGAUGAUCCUGCACCUGCACCAUGGACUAAUGAGGGUAAAGCACGGAUAGAAGCUCUAGGUUUAAAACCAAUGUAUCCAGAUGGAUAUCUUGAAGCAAUGGCAAAAAAUAAUAAAACAAAUAAGAAACGAAAUGUAUUUGCUGAAGAAGAAAAAUCUAAUUUUUCAAAAAAUGAAGAACCACCAAAGAAAAAGCAAAAGUGCGAAAUUUACGAAUUGGAAACUGAAAUAUUAAAAUAUAUCAAUCAAGAUAAAACAAAUGCAAAAUUAUGGGACGAAUGUCGUAAAGCUUUACCGGAUGGUAAAACUAUAUUUUUGCAAAAAGUUUCAGAAAGGUUUACAUGUCCAUGUUGUUUGGAACUUGUUUAUAAUCCUGUAACUAUUCCAUGUACACAUAAUAUAUGUGUUAAUUGUUUAAAACGUAGUUUUUCAUCAGGUGUAAAUUGUUGUCCAUCAUGUCGUCAUUUGUUAGACAAAAUUAUAAAAUGGAAAUUAAUCAAUUUUUAUCAUCGAUUAUUAUUACUUUAUCCAGGAUAUGAGGGUGGUAGAUAA